AUGAUAGAGAAGUCGAACAACCCGUUCCUGAGCAUCGACCCGGUGGUGGAGCGCGGGAAGGCGGAGGGAGAGGAGCUGCCGCUGAUCAGUUCGAAGGCGAAGCGUCACGUGGAUUUCACGCAGAUAGUGGUGUACCUGGUGGGUCUGUCCGACGGCCUGACCCACCUGGCAUCUCUGGCCAUAUACUACCUAUUUAAGGACCAUUUCCGUUUAACACCCUACCAAGUGUCCCUCAUACUGAUGUACCCCUACAUCCCCUUCAUUCUAAAGCCCGCCAUAGCGCUGAUUACAGACUCAGUAUCAAUUUUCGGAAUGAGGAGGAAGCCCUAUUUGUUCCUAUUCAGUCUAUUUCAGUCUCUAAAUUUUUUGGCUUUAGCAUUUUUACAGCUGUCUGUAUUCCAAGCUACUCUCAUCCUCUUCUUCAUCUCCCUGUGUGCCUCAUUCUGCACGACAGUGGCGGAAGCCUUGGUGGUGGAGAGUUCCAUUGGAAAGACCUACUCGCAAGGAACUAAUAAAGUGACCGAGUUUAUAGCGUCCAAAGCGAUCGGCAGCCUUUCAGUAGCCUACUUUUCGGGGUACCUCCUAGAGAGACUAUCAAGGGAAUACAUAUUCAUGGCCACUUCUCUCUUCCCCCUCAUCAUAUCAAUUUCGUGUCUCUUCCUGAGGGAAAAGGAGUACACGUCCGAAAGGAGUAUAAUCACGCAGCUACACGAUUUGGUUAAGUUUGUUAACACGCCCAUUUUCUUGGGACCCUUUCUCUACAUCUUUGUGUAUAUGUCUGGCCCGGAUUACGACGAUGCCUUUUUUUUCUUCUGCACCAAUAAGUUGGGAUUUAGGCCGUCCUUUAUGGGUACCUUGAGACUCACCUACGGGAUUGCCUCCCUCAUUGGCAUAAUCGUUUACCGCUUGUUUUUAAAAAACCAAGGGCUGAAGAAGACACUCAUCUUGACCACACUCAUAUCCUUCCCCGUGUACAUCUCGCCGAUCGUACUGACAGAGAGAAUCAACAGCUACUUUGGUAUUUCCAAUGAGCUCUUUGUCCUCAGUGGGGGGUUCCUAAUCGAAGCCAUAACAGAAAUACAGCUCCUGCCGCUAUUCAUUUUGACUGCUAAUAUAUGCCAGCCUGGGUUAGAGGCCAGUGUCUUUGCUACCAUUUUGAGCGUCAAGAAUUUGGGCUCCUUAACAAAGAAGGGCACCUCCUCCCUCCUCACCUACCUCCUCAAAAUCGACAGCUACAAUUUCGAAAAUCUCAGUUUGUACAUUUUCAUUUGCGGCUUCUUCCUCCUCUUCUCCCUCACCCUCGUCCCCCUCCUCCCCGAGGAGGAAAAGAUCGACAAGCUCAAGAGCAGGCGGUGA